ACAUGCCACUACUCAAAUACCUCCAUAUCCAUUCUCCCAAACCCACUCCUUUUGAACUUGCUUUACUUUCAUAUUCAUCAUCAUCACUUGGAAAAAACACAAAUCUUUAUACUAUAUAGUUCCACGCCUAUGCUCUUUAAAACUUGUUGCUCUUUCUUCCUUGUUACAACACAUCACAUACUACCUAUAUAGUACCAUUGUUCUUCGGACACACAUAUAUAUUUGAUUUCUGUUUAGUUUCAUCAGUCUAUCAUGACCGAGUCGUUCGAUGAAGAGUGUGAUUAUCUCUUCAAGGCUGUCCUCAUAGGGGACUCGGCAGUCGGGAAGUCGAACCUCCUCUCGAGGUUCGCCAAGAACGAGUUCUGCUUAGAGUCGAAGCCAACCAUUGGAGUUGAGUUUGCGUACCGGAAUAUUAGGGUGGGGGAUAAGCUCAUCAAGGCUCAGAUAUGGGACACCGCCGGCCAAGAACGGUUCCGAGCCAUCACGAGUUCGUACUACCGCGGAGCGCUGGGCGCCCUACUGGUGUACGACAUAACAAGGAAGUCUACGUUCGAGAGUCUGAAAAAGUGGUUGAAGGAGGUGAGGGAGUUCGGCAGCCGGGAGCUGGUGGUGGUGCUCGUCGGGAAUAAGUCGGAUUUAGCCCAAUACAGAGAGGUGAAUUUAGAGGAUGGGCGGAGCUUGGCUCAGCUGGAAGACCUCUCCUUCAUGGAAACAUCAGCUAAGGAGAAUUUGAAUGUUGAAGAGGCAUUUCUGCAGAUGAUCACUAGGAUUUAUCAACUCAGUUGUCACAAAAGCAUGGAAGCUAAGACAAGUGAUGCAGCGGCCUCAUCAACUGUUCAAACAGUACUGCAGGGGAAGAAGGAAAUCUUGUGUAUUGAUGAAGUUUCUGCCACGAAACAAACUAGUCAUUGUUGCUCGUAUUGAUGAACUGAUUUUAUGAUACUAGACUUGAAAUCGGUUAAUUAACAUUCAUCAUAAUUUUACUAUAAUCAGAUUAUUUGUUAUAAUUUUUAGACAUAAUUAA